AUGGAGUUCGAAAUGAUGAGCCAACAAGGGGCGCUGCUCAAAGUGGGGCUGUUCGUGUUGGUGCAGGCGCUGGUGUACCUCAUCCUUGCCCAGUCCUCCUCAGUCUUCUCCACCACCAAGACCCUCGGCCUCCCCCCGGCGCGCUCCCUCAGCGCCCGCCGCAUGGUCGCGCUGAUCUCCGACCUGCCGCUGCUGCUGGGCGGCGAGCCCUCGCCCCGCGCCGUCUCCGUGGAGCCGUCGUCGCCCGUGCCCCUCGCCCACCAGAAGAAGGAUUAG